AUGGCGAAGAGGCUGGAAUUGGGAGAAGCGGCCCCAAACUUUGAGAAGGGUGUUGCUGUGGUUGGAAUCUCCUCAAACUCGGUGGCAACACAUCCAGAAGAUGGACCUGAGAUGAUGGCAGAGGAUGCUAAAAAAUUUGGCUACAACUUCCCAUAUCUUUAUGACGAGACUCAGGAAGUUGCUAAAGCUUAUGGAGCUGUUUGCACUCCGGAGUUUUUCUUGUUCAAAAAGGUAACUUGUGAUAUUCGCGAGGCACUGGACUGUGUUCUUUCUGGCAAGCCAAUUUCUGGGACACAAUUCGCAAGGAAAUAA